UUUUAGUCUCGGAAAGAAAGAUUUUAAUUAUUAUACUUUAAGUUACUAAAACCAACUUGCUUACAAAAUUAUAUAUAUUUAUUUUGAAAAAUAUCCAAUCCUUUUGUCGUGAAAAUAAAGCGUUGUAUGGGAUAUACACAUAUCAUAACCACGCGCAUUAUACGUAAGCGCCUGUUGUUCUAGUAUAUAUGAUGAUGGUGAUUCGUACAUGCAUACUGAGUAUAUUGACUUACAGAAAUUAAUACGCAAUAUUACUAGUACUUGCUGUAAUUUAUUGUUUUCGUCGUCUAACCAUCUUUACUUCCAUCUUUUUUCAUUUGGAUUAAUCUCCAUAUAUUUCAAAUACAACGGCAGAUAAAAAUGUCUGAACAGUUUCUGGGCUGUACUGUUUCUGUGAAAUGUAUUGAUGAUCUUAUUUAUCAAGGCAAAAUUAUUGAUCUAAAUAAAAAUAGCCUGACUCUGGCAAAAGCAUUUUGCAAUGGCAUACCGCAUACUUCAUCCAUUGUUAACCUAAGUGUAAAGGAUAUACAAAAGCUCGAGAUUAUAUCGACAGAAGAAUCAGGAACUAAUGUGAAUGAUAUGCAAUUACAGAGUAAGGUAAUUGUGAAGAGGCCAAUUGCGAAAAGGGCUGGGCGAUCUAUUUCAGAAUGUGUUCCUGUACUGCAAGCGACAAGUUGUCCACCACAAGUAAAUUUAAAAAAACCUGUUGAGCCUAACCAGCAGCAAAUGGAGCAAACUCCAAAUGGGAAGAUUGCUCCAGUCGAAAAUAUAUAUAAUUUUGCUUCUAACAAUAAAUCUAUUUCCAAAAGAUUAACUCAUAAGCAAAGAGCGCUGGAAAGAGACGAGCAUACUUUUGGUACCCCAAUUGAUCAAUCUUUACAGCAAGACUUUGAUUUUGAAAAGAACUUAGCAUUGUUCAAUAAAGAGGCUGUAUGGCAAGAAAUAAACUCUUUAAAACCAGAUAUUGUUAGACAGUCAGAAAGCAACCGGGGUACUACAGCUAUCUAUCGACCCGAUGAGAACAUUCUCGUAUCCGAACCUACAGUGCUCAGACAGAUUGUGGUGCCUUGCCCUAAUGAAAAGGAAUAUGUUACAGAUAACGGUUUAGUAAUUCCUAGCAUCACUCUUAAUCUUCAUCGACAGUUGAUAGGUGCAGCAGAUAGACUGGGAAUAAGUUGGGAACGUAGGGUUGAACUUCUCGGUCGUGCCGGUGCUGAUCUUAUUCUCCAAUUAUUGGGUGGAAGUCAUCGACUAAAUCCGAACAACGCACAUCAGUGGCCAACUGUGGUCGCGUUGUGCGGACCACAUCGUUCUGGCGCCGCAGGUAUCAACUGCGCUCGACAAUUGUCUAGUCACGGUGUCAAAACGAUCGUGUUCGUGGAAAACGCGGAGGACGUGUUUCUUUUGCAGGAGCUGUCAUUGUACAGAUUAACAGAGAACAAAGUAGAGACUAAAGUAAAGAAUCUGCCAUCGCUGGUAGAUCUGAUACUCGUGGCACUCUGCGACGAGGAUUCACCGAAGGUAAUCACACCGAUAGCCAGGUGGGCAAAUAGCAACCGCGCACCCGUACUCGCUAUCGAACCACCGGCGACAGGUACACCCGGUAUUCUUAGUAAAUUCAGUCUAUUGGGUGCUCUACCAUUGUCGCACAGUGUUGAUAAUGGUAGAUUGUAUCUGUGCAAUCUCGCAUUGCCAAAUAAGGUAUAUUCCGAUGUCGGCAUCACGUAUAAAUCGCCAUUUGGACCUAAGUUCGUGAUUCCUCUACAUUCCAAUAGCUCUUAGCAAAUUCUUAGAUAUCACAUUGUGUCUUUUUGAAUGAAUGUUUCAUUUUACCAUUUGGGCGAUUUGUAAACUUUGUAUACAGAGAAAUAUUUUACUUCCGGGGCCCAGUGAGUUGUAAUUAAAGAAUAUAUAUAUAGUUUGGCAUUUGAUAUAUAAACUUUUAGAUAAACUUUUAGAGCAUAGUGGAUUAUAAUACUUUUUGCAUUAAUUGUACAAUAUCCGCGAAUUGGCUGUAGCAUAUAUACAUAAUGCAUACUAUUACCAAUAUUAUAUAACUCAAAGAAAUUAUAAUUUGAAUUCUUUAAUUAAUUAUAUAUAAUAGAUAAAAAAAUAGAAAUUUUGUCUGUGAAGCUGUGAAAAAAUAAUGUGUUUUAUUAGUAUCACAAGCAUCUAUGAUAGAAUUACUAUUAUAUUAUAUUUGAAUUACUAUUCAAAUACAUAACACAUCAAAUUAGGGAUAUAUAAAUUACUUCUUUAUGGAUAUAUAAUACCAUGUAACAGGACAUAGUUACAUUAUUAGUAUAUAUAAAAUUUGAUACAAUUGAAUGAAAAAUCUUUGCCCACUGUGUAUCUAUAGUUUAUGUUAAUAAAUUAAAGUGAAAUGGAGAGAGAAAGAAAGAGUGGACGAUAUGUGAGAAAUUAAAUUAUGAUAAAUUUUCAUGAUUAUGGAGAAAAUUGUUUUCAUUUUUUUCAAUUGAUAAAUUUAAUUAAAGAGAAGCCUGUAAACUUAUUAAUGACACUUGAGGUAUCUCCUUGUAUGACAUUGAAAAUUUACUGUGAAAAAUUUAUAAUAAAAAAAAGAAAAAAUUAAAUACGGAUGGCUUUCGUAUGCACAAACAAAAAAAAAAAAAUCUAUAUAUUUUUAAUAAUUUAUAACGUACUAUUUAUGUAAUUGUUAAAAAUAUUCGUGACGCUUAAUUGGCGCAUUCAUUUUGCAUGUGAUCAUCUGAUAAAUUGACAGAUGUUUUAUAUUUGCACAUCUACUCUUUAUUAUUGUUCGGUAAGUUCUUGUUUAUACAUAUAUACUAAAUAUUAUUUCAAUUCUCAUCAUUUAUAUUUUUAUUAUAAUAGCAAUAUAGAUUAUAGUAUCGAAAUUAUUAUAACACACGCAAAAAAAUAUCUCGAGCGUUGUGUAAACUACUUAUAUAUACAUACUGAAACUUGAUUGUGUUCCUUUUGUAUUUUUUAAAACAGUUUAUAAUGAAACAUAGAUGUGCUUUCUAUCGACAGUCACAUAUGUAUGUAAUACAUAAUUGUAAAUCUACGCAAUACAAUAGUUUCUUGAACAUACAAUCUUAAAUGAAAUUGAUAGUAAAUUAUUUCGCACAAUUUUUGUCCAUUCCUAAUUGGACUAAGUACUAUAAAACACAUUAAAGCAUUUCUUAGAUUUAUUUGAAUGAUUUAUUUCAAAGUAUAUGUUUAUAUAAGAUAUAUUUAACAAUGAAUAUUAAAUAAGUAAUAAUUAUUAACGCAUUUGAUAAUUGAACUCUUAAAAUAGAAAUUAUAUAUGAAUCAACUAAAACGCAUAGUCGUUGUUUCAUAAAAGUCUAAGCUCAUAUUUCAUUUGAAUAUAUCAUAUAUAUUUACGAAGUAAAUAUCUAAUUCAACAAUUCAUAAAUCAUGUUACGUUUUAUAAUUUGCCUCAGAUGUAAUCAAAACGAAUAGAAUACAUAAAUAAUUUCUCAUGAAACAUUAUUUUUGUUUUUUAGUAAUCGAAAAUAAAAAGUAUAAUUACAAUCAUGUUGAACGAAUAAAUUUCGCGACAAAAGAAUAAAUAAUUAAAAAAAUAUUAAAAUAUAGAUAUAAAUUAUUUUCUGUAAUUUUAAUGACAUUAACCAAAUAACAUUAUUUGUAAUUAUAUAUAUAAACGUUAUAGCCUAUGGAAAUCUGCAACGUCGUCACAUGUUAAAAAUACAUAAUUUUAUCACUAUGAUAUAAAAAACUGCAAUUGGACAAGUAAUUAAGUAAUGAUGAUCUGAAAGAAUAUUUA